ACUACUAAUAUUACUGUCCCUUUUUUCCUCUCUUCACUUCUUUCAUUUGUAGUGUUCUUUGGCUUUGCCUCUUGCCUUAGCUUAUUCCCACAGCUCUCAACCUUUAAUGGCAUAAAUUCAUCUCCUCAAAACUCCACUCGCAUAUUAAACUCUUUAUUGUGAUCUGUUCUUUUCUAUAUUUUCCUUCUUACCAGUUUUUUAUUCUGACAAAUAAUAUUUAGCUUCUGUACUUGCAUCACUGUUGUUUGUUCAACCUUUAACACUCCACAAUAUUAACCCAUCUGACUAUUGAGAUUCCUUUGGAUUUUUAAUUGGUUUUAUGAGAUUUUCAGAAAUGGUUUGUGGUUAAAGAUGCAAAUAGUGGCUGAUUCUUGAAAAAUCCGCUUCUUUAGGAUUUUUAAUUUUUUUCUUGGAGUGCUACAUUCUAUUUUAAGGCCUCUGAGCUUUAUAUUUGUAAAAGAAGUCUUCAGGAGAAGAAUUUCCAGCUUUGAACAAUGGGCAGAGGAAGAGGAAAGGCAAAGAAGCAAUCUGUGCGUGACGAUAUUGGAAGUGGUGAAGAAGAGAAGAUACCAGUGCGGAGAAGGGGAAGACCACUGAAACCACUAAAGGAUGAAAUAGAGGAGGAAGAAGAAAAUGAGGAGAAAGUAGAAGAAGAUGAAUAUGACGGUGAGAAUACUAAAGGUUCUGUCUUAAAUAAAGAUGUCAAGAACCAAACUGCUGUGAAUGGAAAGAAGAGGAAGAGAAUUUCACAAGUCAAGGAAGCAGAUUCAGUGAAAAUGGAAAAUGGUAUUGGGACUAAAACUAACUCCAAUGACUUAAUAAAGUCAGUUGGAUUUAGACAAAAUGGGAGUAGAAGGAAAAACAAGCCUAGGCGAGCUGCUGAAGUUGGUGUAGAGUGCAGAUGAGCAGUUCUCUUUGCUAUUGAGGACUAAUUCUAUGCUGAUUUGCAUGUGCUUUUCUAUUUUGCCCCUUGUUAUCUUUUCUAGUUUUUUGAAAUUUAGCUAAAAUUUUCUGAAGAACUGAACUUUUUCGGCAAAUUCUAGUAUUCUUCAAUCUUCUUCUGCUGCUGCUGCUGCUGCUGCUAAUCAGUUAGGAAGUUCCCAUAUGUCAUGGAAAACUAAACCAUAUUUUGCCAAUGCACUCUAAUCUUUGUCACCUUUGAUUUUAUAUGUGUGAUACGCUUCUUUGAUUUCAAAUCUUUCUUUGGAUGUAUUAAUUGAAGUGCAAAUACUUUAGACACAUGACGUAGCUCUUGGUUAGUCACUACUUACUGCAAAUGCCGAAAAGAAACAGCUUCCACGGACUGACUGAGGUGGCGAAUGAAGCUAGAUGAAGACCCAAUGUUGCUGUGCUGAAUGGAAGGGAAUCUGUUUGUUGGAUUUUAGAGUCAGUAUGAUACACUCCUUUGCUUUGUUUUGACUGAUUUAAUCCCAUGACUGGAAACAUUCUUCCUUUUACACCUAACAAAAUCUAUGCACUUCUCUGGUUUUUGCCUACUGAACAUGAUGGUGGAACAAGAUACUCUCUCUGCUAGUGAAAAAGUUAUGUGAAAUGUGGAUGUUACUUCUACUUCAAAAUCUGAUAAUUAAGGAUCUAGGUUUGGCUUA